CAUGUCACUUUUACAUCUAGUCAUUGUCUGGUUGAACGCCUUUGUGAUAAGAAAAUUAUCCUUACCGGCGAUCGAAUUAAUAAUAUUUAUAUGAUCAACCUAGAUAGUACUUCUUCUGAUUUUGCUCAUUGUCUUAUGACUAGAGAGGAAGAAAUGUGGCUAUGGCAUAAAAGGAUUGGUCAUACCAAUAUGGAACUAAUUAAUAAAUUAGUUUCAAAAGACCUAGUAAUUGGUGUUCCUAAACUCAAAUUUGAAAAGGGAAUUUGUGAUUCGUGUCAAAAGGGUAAACAAUGGUGAAUUGAAUGAGAUGUUUGGCAUGGAGAAUAGUAACAAGGAGCUCACUACCCAAAAUAAUGAUCAAAACCCGUGGUAUAAUUUUGAUGAACAAAAGUGUUGGGAAGUGAUGAAUUUUCGACCCAAAUUCAAUGAAUCUGGACGGCCCAAGGUGAAUGGAAUGCAACCUCCUCAACGCCUCAUUCAAUAUAUUUCCUCGUAUAUCCUGCGUGGGCGCUCGGGCAAUCACCCUCAAAUGAGCAAAGACGAUGCCAUGCUUAUCUAUGCAAUCUUGAAGCCGGUGUCUAUCAAUUGGGGGAAGUACAUCUUGACAUACAUGAACUUGUGCCGGGCAAAGAAAAAAUCUCUACCGUACCCCAUGCUUCUCACCUAUCUUUUGAAAAGGAAGGGAUUUGAAUUUGUGAAUGCCGAGAUGGAUAGUGAAACUCCUUUUUGGAGGAUCAAGAGGUCAACAGUAAUGAGAACCAAGCUUGAUGGUGAAGAUGAAGCACGUGCAGAAACCGGAACUUCUCAGUCACGUGUGGCUUCCCGGGGUCACAAGGUCACAUUGCCUAUGCUUUUUGAGUCCCUGCAAAGCCUCCAAUCCUCCUUCAACAACAUCCAGCUCCAACAAGCCACUUACGGUUAUAACUUGAAUAAGAUGUUGGUCAAGAGUGGAGAGCACUGGGAAACACCAUCCUUGGAAGCGCUCGCACCUUACAUGUCUCAGGGUUCUUCUUCUCAUACCGCUCCUUCUGAUGCUGAUAAUGAUGAAGACGAUGAGGAUGAUGAAGAGGAGGAUGAUAUUGCACAAGAAGAAGCGACCAUGGAUGAGGAAUGAGUGGACUUUGCAUUUUUGACAAACACAAGCUCAAGCAAUUCUUUGGUUGGGUUUGUCAUUAUCAAAAAGGGGGAAUUUGUUGACCCUUGUGUUUUGAUAAUGAAAACCUUAUAUGUGG